CGUUGUAUAACUAUAUCUAUAUAGAUGUGUUACAGAGAACAAAAUCUAGUGUACACUUGGACUUAUAAUUACUUCAUACACUCCGGUCCACGAGAGCCACAGAUUUAGAUCAGCAAUAAACCAAGUGAUGUUAAGAAACAAAGUUUUUUAUUGAUCAGUUAAAAUUUUAAAUUAUUGUACAAUGCCUAUUAGUGACAACCAUUCCAGUUCGAAUUCCCGUGAAAAAUAUGGUUUGAAGUCGACACUGGCACAAACGUUGGCGGUUGUAGUACAAAAUUGUAUUUCGAUUGAAUGGGGUAUGGCAAUGGUGACACCCAGCAUUGUGCUUACAGAUUUGUUUCAAAAUUCUAGCAGCAGUUUUUCUAUUUCACUAAUUGAAGCCUCAUGGUAUGUAAGCUUGUUACAUUUUACUCAUCUGUUCGGUGCCCUUUUAUCGGGAACCCUGCAAAAACAGUUGGGGAGAAAGCGCUGUAUGAUUAUCGCUAAUUUACCGAGUUUCAUCGGAUGGAUCUUACUGUACCUAUCGCACUCUUCGACAGUCCUCUGUUUAUCGAAUUCAAUGGUAGGUUUCGGGAUUGGCUUCAGCUCUAUUGCGAAAUACUCGUAUACCGGAGAGAUAACAGAGCCGAGACUUAGAGGAAGGCUGGCUUCGUUGACGGGUGUAUCAAUAAUGAUUGGAGUAUCGUUGAUUUUUGUUUUGGAAUCUUUAUUUCACUGGAGGAGUAUUGCUUUGGCAAGCGUAUGUUUCCUAAUAAUACGUACAUGCCUUAUUUCUUUGAUUCCAGAGUCACCGAUUUGGUUGAUAGCUCAUGGAAAAAAUGAUAAAGCCGAAAAAGCUUUGUGUUGGUUAAGAGGAUGGAUGGAACCCGAAACGGUAAAAUAUGAAUUUCUCGAACUUAUACGCCAUAACAAGCCAACGAAUGAUCAAGAGUCCACAGUUGAUACCGAAAUCAAAGGCGGCGGUUUGUUCGCAGAAAUUGCUCAGUUCAAGAACCCGUCAGCUUAUCGACCGUUGAUACUAGUGAUCAUUUAUUUAAUAGUUUCCCUAAUAUCCUGCUUUACGCCAUUUACUAUGCAAAUUAUCGUAAAUGUUGGUUUUGCGAUCUAUCCGAAUACAUAUAUGAUAGUUUUCACUGUUCUGCAAGGUCUCGGAAGUAUGGUAUUAAUGUUGACUAUUAAUUGUCUGGGAAAAAGAUAUUUGACGUUAUUGACGAUUUCAGUAAAUACUACUUUGAUAUUUAUGUUAGGCGUGUACAUAAAAACCCUGAAACACAAUUAUGUCACGUCAUCUCCGUGGAUUCCUUUUACAAUAAUCAGUAGUAUUUACUUUUCUGGGAGUUGUGGCAUAUAUUAUAUCCCUUGGAUAUUACUCAGUGAAGUCUUCCCAUAUAGAAUUCGAGGAAUCGCUACUGGCUUAUGUACAGGAAUAUCAGGCGUAAUUUUAUUGGUAUUAAUAAAAUCAUAUAUAUCUAUUGAAAGUGCUUUAACAUUGGAGUAUACUAUGUUUCUAUUUAGUUUUAUUAGUUUUAUCGGAUUUAUAUAUUUUUAUUAUUAUUUACCAGAAACAGAAAAUAAAACAUUAUUAGAAAUAGAAAAACAU